AGAAAGAGCACAGAAACUCGAACAUUGAGUUUAUUGCGUUUAUAUAUUUCUAUAAUAUUUUCCGACCGGCAACGGAUUCAAAUUUUUGAUGCAUAUCCUGGUUAAAUUUUUUUAAAGUAUCAAUUCUGUAAAUAAACAAAACGUUGCUGUCAAAUUGAUACUUCUAAGAGUACAUUAACAAAUUUAAAGUUUUUAGGAUGCUUUUUUCUCUGAAAGGUCGUAAAAAGGAUGAUAAGUCUCAAGACAGUAGGAAAAAUUCGAAAAUAGAUGAGUUCGGUGAUGAUUUAGAUUUUCCAGAUUCUCCCAUCAGAAAACCUACUGGUAGAGGUGAAAGAAAACAAGAAAUGGGGCUUGAUUUUAUGUCAGACUUUUCUCCUGAGUUUUCUAAUUCUUCUGCUAUUCCUGUAGCACCUCCUCGAGCAAGAAAAACUGCUGGAUGGGGUGAAGACACGCCUGGCAAAAAAAGCUGGCUUCGUAGGGGAUCCAAGCAUUUUACCCAAACUUCUCCAAAGAAAGAGAUUAUGACUGACACAAGUCCCAUGACAGCUGAAAUACCCGUAAUUCCUGAUCUUGAUACAAUGAAGGAUGAAGAAUUGUCAGCAGAUAUUGCUAAAGCGCCUAACUUAGCUGUCAGCAGAAUCGCUACUUAUCAGGAAUUGGAUAGUGAUUUGUCAAAACAUGCUGCAUUUCAGGCUUUAGAUGGGAUAGAUCUGACCCUUCUAACCAAAAGAUUGUUGCCUGAACAUGUUGUUAAAAAAGAGGAUGAAAUACCAUGGACUUGGGAUACUCUAUUUGCUGAUGUUUCCUCCCAAUUAAAUGCUAAAAUGUCACAAGAUAGCAAUGAAACAACUGUUGCUGAAAAGUAAUUUGUUGAUGAUUUAUUGGUAGCACCUAUUGCGUAGUAUUAUGAAAAAGCAUCAAUGUUAGAGUAAAUGAUUUAAUACAUAAUAAGCACCAAAGUUUCUACAAAUUCAAUUUGUCUUUAUUACAUUGAUUGUUAUAUUUUUUAAGAUUGAUUUUCAAAGGCUCUGCCAUCAUGUGAGAUAACGCUUUUUAGCAUGUAAUAUGCUAUUUUUAUUGCUGCGGUUUUUUUUUAAUAGUUUAUGACUAUUUGAGUUUUGUCUAUCCUGUGUGCUAAUUAUGAAAAUGGAGCAAAAUGUCAACAUGAAGAAAAGCUAGUUUUUUAAUAAUGUAAAUGCUUUUUGUCUAAUUUUUUAAUAUUUGAAAAGUUUCUCCAGUUUCAAAAUGUUAAGGCUCCUAAAAGAUAUGUAAAAAUGGAAAAUUAUUCCUUGUUUUCGUCUAGAAAAAAUCCUGCUAAACUGAUGAUAAAAAAAAAAAAAAAAAAAGAAAUGAAAUUGUUUUUAAGCUUUUUAUUCCUUAAGCUAAUAAUCAUUUAUUGUUUGAGAGUAUAUAUAAUAAUUUAAAUUUAAAACUUUGCUUAAAUUUUAAAACAUUCUAACUGGGUUUUUUUUUUUUUCAUGGACAAAAAGCUUUGCAAAACACUAUUAAGUUUCCGUUGUAAGCCUGCUUGUUAAGAAUAUUCUGGCUCAUUGUUUUUCUUUAAAAGAAAAUAAGAAGGGGGGGAAAAUGCAAUAUUUUAUUGUUUACUUUUCUAUGAGUCAGUUCUUCAACCAAGUUAUUAAUAUUGACUAGUACAUGGUCAUCAAAAAAGAAUACCAAUAUUGCAAAUUUGUAUCAUGUAAACUAAUAAUCACUUGUGAAUAUAAAUUUGCUUGAUCUGACAUUUGAACUAUAGUCUUAUCUCGACCUAUAUUUUUUAAAGCUUCCUUGAAAUUAUGAUUUUAAUUGUGUGUGACUGGUAUCAGUAAUUGUUUCAUUAUACUCACUUAAUAAAUUCCCAGAAGAAAAAGUUAGUAUCUUCAAGGUUUUGCAGAAGGCACAUAAUUGGGCCAUCUUGUUUAAUUCUUCAGUUGGAGAACCUCUAAUAUAAGGUUUCAUGUAUAGAUGGAUAAAACUGAGGAUAAUUUAAUUAAUGAAAACUGUCACCUUAAUCCUAGUGAGAUAGUAUAAAUGCCAGGUUGUGGUAGUGAAUAUUUUACAUCAUUUCAUAUUAAGACUUUUCCUUAUAUUUAAAAUAUUUUUCUAUACAUAACUGCUAUUCUUCUCUGGUUUCCCUGUAUUCUGACAGUAUUAUAUUAAUUUUUUAGUAAAUACAAAAACUGACCCUUUUAUAUUUGAAAUAUGGCUACGAUUCUGAUGUUUGUCAAAGAAAUCUUUCAAUGUGCAUAAGAAAUUUGGGUUAUGAUAUAUAUAUUGUAUAUUUAUGAUUGUUUCGUAUUUUUGUUAUUGCUAUUUUCUAAAUUUAUUUUGCAAUAACUGUGAUGGAAAUAGUGCUAAAUCUGGAGAGAUUUAUACUUCUUAUUACAUCUAUUAUGUAGCAAACAAAUUAUUUAAACUUUAUGUAUACAUUAUUCCAGCCUUUCAUCCCAUCAGUGGGUUGAAAACGAGUACCAAGCAUACUUGGGAACUAAACACUCGGAUCUUCGCGUUCAGUUGACCACCCAACUGGAACAUCUACUCCUGUACCCCAGAGUCCUAAGUCUACUGAUAUAAAACUGAUAUGGGCACAGUAGACUUUCGACCCUCUAUGGGCUAUCGCGUCACAAAGUUAUACAUAAUUAUUCAUAAUCACCUGCCAACAAUCAAGUUAGCAGAUAUAACUACUGCUUGUUGCUUUAUUCAAAUGUAUUUAAUGUAGUAAACAAAAUUUCAAUUAGAAUUUUUAAAAAUUAAUUCAUGAAUUGAGGAAAACUAAUGAGCUAAAAAAUCAAAGUGCCUGUCAGAUUUUGUGAGGUCCUGAUCAAAAUGUAGCCUUUCAAAAAUUUAUUUAUUUAUAAAUUUUUUUUUUCUGUAGGACUUUUAGGGAAAUUAAUCAUUUAUAAUCCUGUUAGAUGUUUGGCUAUUUAUUAUGAUCUAGUUUGUAACUUUCUUUUCUAAAUUUCUUUCUUGAGAAUGAACAUUUUAGAUAUUUUUUUAUUAUUAUUAUCAUUAUAAUAUUCUUAUUUUUAUUUUAAAAUAGUGCUUAAUCUUCAUCAAUAAUAAAUCAUACGGGGAAAGGUGAAAGUUAGAAAUAAAGAAUUUUCGUUUUAGAAGUAUUACUUCAAAAUAUAUCAAAAAAUAUUUAAAUGUAUCUUAUUUUUCUAAUUCUAUGAUUUUAAUUCUUAUGAGUAAAAAUGUGGAGACCACUGUCUGGGAACUAUGCUUAGGUUAUUAUCUAUGAAUAAUGAUUUGAUUUUAUAGCCAUCGUUGAACAGCCGGCCCAAUUUUGGGUUUACGACUACUGAUGUUCAAUUAUGUAGCCUUGUAAUUUGGAACCUAAUCCAAAAGACAAGGGAACUCCUGGAUCAAGUAUAGGGAGAAAUUUGCCUUUGGGGAGGACUUAGAUGGAACUAACCCGCAUUUUCUUUACAUGGAGAGGAAGACUACGAGAACCUCCCACGGUUAGCCUGAUGGCAAGGGGUCUCUAACCCAUGACACAUACAUUAACCACCUUCCACCACCACAUACAUUAACCACCUUCAAAAUUCUUAGAAAUUAGAGGCCCAGGGAAAAUGCCUUGCUUGUCAAACUUUUCGUAUGACUCUGUACUUAAUGCUUAGUUAAAAAAAGGUUCACUUCAAUUAUUGUAUUUUAAUGGGUAGUUUUUAGUUAGAACCAUGACAAUUUAUUGUAUUAUACAAGUGAGGCACAAACAUGUAAUUUAAUGAUAACCAAGCACCUAGCUUUAUUUUUCAAGGCUUCAUCUUUUAAUGGCCGUAGUUGGAGUGUCACAUAAUUUUGAUCAUAGUCAGAUGAUGUGGACAGUGGCUGAUUACAAUUUUUUUUAAAAAAAUAUAAUGUAACUUUAUCUAUUAAUGAUGUUAUCUAAUACUGUUAAUGAUUGAAAAAAAAGUGCCCUUAAUUUGUGAUAAACUAGAAGCAUUUCAUUUUGAACUUGCAUUUAAAAGACAAAUUACUAUUGUAGUUGAUUUAUGAUUCUGCAAAUGCUCUUCACAUUGAAAAUUUACCAAUGCUACAUACGUGAUAUGUUUAAAAAUAUUUUUUAUAAAAUGGAACAGUUAAAAAAAUUUCCGUCCACAAAAUAUUAACUUUUCGUCUGUCCAAAACUAAUCCGUCCUCAGUGGAUUUGUCUUUUUUAGGCAAAUAUAGGUCCGCCAGUGAUUUUUUCCUUUGGCAGUUUUAGUUUAUAGCACUGUUGGAUAUACUUAUUCUUACUUAAUGUAGAUAAUGUCACUUACCUUUGGCACACUAAACUUAAUUCUUGUUCUUAAGAUAUUAAACACAGUAUCUAGCUCAAAUUUUUUGUCUAAAAUACAUUUGACCUUUGCCUAAAUUGUUUUUCCAGGCAUGCUACUUAAUAUAUGACUAUAUUUUACCAAUAUAUGCUAGAUUUUAAUACUGGUAUUGUGUUAUUAUUUUUACUUAUUAUUUUCUAUGUAUUUUUAUAAUUGAAUGCUUUUAACCAAGUGUUCUGACUUGGCAUAAUUAUACAAAAUUUUCCAUGAUCCAUUGCCACAAGUACUGGGUCUGACUUAAAAAAGUUGAAAGCACUAUGUUCAUGCUUUUGUUUUAACUGAAUUUUUUUAUACAUUUUCACAUUAGCUGUGAAAAAUUUGUGAUAAACUUUUCUGUUUUAUUUAUCAUGUUAUGUUAAUUUUUUUCAAGUUAAAUUGUGUAUAUAAUGAAUGCUACAAGUAAUAAAGUAAAAAUUAAAAUUUAA